CACUGGUCCGAAUUCUACCCUCUCGGCUUCCAACUGCUUCCAACCCAGAACUCCAAGGACUCCAAGCUAAGGAGCUUUCACAUAACCCCAUCAUGGAAUCAAGUCCACCAGCGACCGAAACCAAGCCCUUGAAUACCCCCAUCCAAACAGCACAACCCAACAACAUGGUCUACACCGAUGACAAAGGCGUCCAACACAGCAUAUACCUCCCGCAAGGCACCUUGCACACAGCCUCGGACCACCUGCAAAACAAGCGAUGGGACGAGCUUGCCAAGUUUGAGCCGUACACGAAUCAAGGAUAUACCGAGGACGAUUUUAGGGCAUUUAGAGAGAUGAACAUGAAACAAGGACAAGAAGAGUAAAUGCUGUAGGGUAGAUGUAGGUAGGUAGGUAGGUAGGUAGGUACCUAUAGGGAAAGGUAUACAGGUCGUUAUUUGAGAGGGGUGGACCUCGUUCACC